GGGCUCCCUCACGGGCGCCGGGAAGGAGCGCCGAGCCCGGGGCCGGGCUGUGCCGGGCCGGGCUGUGCCGGGCCGGGCUGUGCCGGGCGGCAGCGGGCCCGUGAGCCCGGAGGUAUCCCACCUCUUGAAAUUUUGCAGAGGAUGCAUCUGCCUGCACCUUCACCUGCUCUUUGUUCUCAACCAAAGACUGAGCUGCCUUCAGUUUCCAUUGCCUUUCUGGCUUGGUUAAAGCUCUGUGAACCUACAGGGUAAGCAAAGGAAGGAAAGUGUGCUGUGGGGAACUUUUCCUAUGGAGCAGUGGCCAUAGCUGGUACCCAGUGGAGGAGGAUGAGUACUCCAAAUGGAUUCCCACAGCACUCAGGGACAUGUGUUACUCAGAGCAUGGAGGGUGGAGCAGUCCAGGACCUGCAUGCUAAAAAAGCUGGCAAAGCAGCAAAGAAAGAGGCUGGCAGCAAUGGGAUGCUUACCUUUGGAGAUCCUCCAGGUGUAGGCACCUCUUUAAAUGAGAACAUAAAGCUUCUACCAGGUGAACUGAAAGCUAAUAUGAAAAUUAAAUCGUUCACUCCGAGACCUCCUCGGAAGCCCCGGCUGGAACGCGCUGCAUCUCUGGAUGAGAAAAGCUGGAGGAGAUGGAGACGGUUUAGAACGAGUCAGGAAAGUCUGACUGAUCCCAAUGAAACGAGUUCCUCAAAUGGUUCCCUGCAGGAAGCAUCCCUCAGCCCUCCCAGGGGUAGGGCAAGCCCCUUCCACCAGUGCUGCCAGCAAAAUUCCUUGCACAGUUCACCAGACGCCUCGGAAGCCAGUUCCUUGGGGAAGAGCAAAGGAGGCACCUCUGACCUGGGGAAACGAGCCUCUGAGCUCUCCAGUGCCUUUGGUGGGUUCCUGUUGGGGAAGACAUUUGUGGGCAGCAAACCCAGGCUGUCCCAGGUAAUGCCAGCUCGACCUCUGCCACCUCUGGAGCUGAACGUGGGCUCUCAGGCACUGAGGACAGCUAAUAGGAUUGAUGCAGAUUGUCUGGAUUAUCGACAUUCUCAGCCCGGGUUCGGGAGGGUGAGCAGCAGCUUGAGUGAUACCAGGCUACAUGGCAACGGGAUGGUCUAUGAUAAUUGCUCCACAGACUCCAUGAAAUCCACAUUCAGCCUCCUCACUCCCAUUCGCUCCAAGGAUGUCCGAAGCAGAAGCUACUUGGAAGGCAGCCUUCUGGCAAGUGGUGCCUUAAUGGGAGCAGAAGAACUUAGCAGAUAUUUCCCUGAUCGGAAUAUUGGAAUUUUUGUGGCCACCUGGAACAUGCAGGGUCAGAAGGAACUUCCAGUGAAUCUGGAUGACUUCUUGUUGCCAACAGAUCCUGACUAUGCCCAGGACAUGUAUGUCAUUGGGGUUCAAGAAGGCUGUCCAGACAGAAGGGAGUGGGAGAUCCGGCUGCAGGAGACCCUGGGCCCCCACUAUGUCAUGCUCUACUCUGCUGCCCACGGGGUGCUCUACAUGUCGGUCUUCAUUCGGAGGGACCUGAUCUGGUUCUGCUCAGAAGUGGAAUAUGCCACGGUGACAACUCGAAUUGUAUCUCAGAUCAAAACCAAGGGAGCUCUGGGAAUCUGCUUCACGUUUUUUGGGACCUCCUUUCUCUUCAUCACCUCCCACUUCACAUCUGGGGACAGUAAGGUGAAUGAGAGGAAGCUGGACUACAAUAAAACCAUUCAAGCCCUUACACUUCCCAAGAACGUUCCGGACACAAACCCCUAUCGAUCCAGUUCUAGUGAUGUCACAACUCGAUUUGAUGAAGUGUUCUGGUUUGGUGACUUCAACUUCCGACUAAACAAGGAUCGUGAGACUGUGGAUUCCAUCUUGAACCAGAACCCGGACACAGACGUGUCCAAGCUACUGGUGUAUGACCAGCUCACUAGUGAGAUGAACAGGGGGUCUAUUUUCAAAGGAUUCCAGGAGGCUGACAUUAAUUUCCGUCCUUCCUACAAGUUUGACAUAGGAAAGGACAGCUAUGACACCACCUCCAAACAAAGGACUCCUUCCUACACGGAUCGCGUCGUGUUCCGCAGUCGGUACAAGGACGACAUCCAGGCAGUCAAGUACUCCUCCUGCCCUGGGAUCAAAACUUCAGACCAUCGCCCUGUGUUUGCCCUGUUCCGGGUGAAAGUGAGGCCUGGCAGAGACAACAUCCCCCUGGCUGCAGGGCAGUUUGACAGAGAGCUCUAUUUAAUCGGAAUAAAGAGGCGAAUCACAAGGGAACUUCUGAAGCGGCAAGAGCAAAAGGACCAAAAAUCCAGCAGCAUAUGUAGUAUUUCCUGAGCUGGGAGCUCUGCAGAGCUGGUGUCAGAGGUGCCCACAAAGCGGAUUUCAGGCCACCAGGAAACUCUGCAGGGAAUUGUCUGCUUAAGCACCUCUGGCAGUUGCUGUGGCUUGUGAAGAAUGUCUUAAACCUCAUCCUGGAUUCAUUUGCAUGAGCUAAUCCAUGUAGCUCAAGUGCUUUUGCUGAAGAAAAUGGAGUUGGUUAUUUAGGACAUCCAUCCCAACAGAUGUCAUUGAUUUAUUUUUAACAUUAUUAUCUUUGGAAGCAACCGAAAGCAGAGUGACUCCAGAUGGGGGGCACAGCUUCAGGAAUUGGCAUGACUCGGGGCAGGGGACCAAAGAAAAGCCUGCAGAAAGGUGAACGUUCUGUUUGUCUGUCUGUGUGAUCUGGUGAGCUUACAUACCUUGUGGGGUUGUUGUGGGUGUUUUUUUUCUUCUUAUCUGUAGCCAAGUGUGUGUUGUUCUGUAAAAUGUGUAAAAGGGACCAGUUAGGGGACUUGAGCAGUGUUGUGUAAGGAUGGUGCUCCUGUGUUGGGCUUUUUUGGUCCUCCACAGCAAGACCUGUGUGAAUGUACUACUGUACAUUCAAAGUGUAGAAAUGUUGCCUUUCACUUACUCUAUAGGCCUUCUGUUACCGAGGGGGUAAAUACCAGUUUCUCACACCAGGUAUUUGGCUGCUGAGACUGCUUGAAACAAUCCCUCCCUUAACUCAUUUGCCCUUCCCAGGGGUGAUGAAACACCACCUGCCUUCAGCAGCAGGACACUUGGGUUGAGAAGAAUGGUCUGAGUGCAGCUCCAGUGCAGUGCUUCACCAAAGUGGUUACAAGGUCAGGUGAGUCCUAGGGACAGGGCAGGGCAGCCAGGUCUAGUACCUCUGAUUACAGUUUAUUCCUUUUGGGUUUAUUUUUCCAAUUCAAUGAACUUUUUUUUUUUAAGUAGUGUUGUCUUAAGGCUAAACAUACUACACGGACCAGUAUGGCACUGGUGAAAUGCUACGUACAGCUAAUACUUAAAAACUCCUCAUGGGCACAGAUCAGCUGGUCAUUAAUCACCUUAGUAGAUAAAUGCCAUACAAACUAACUUGGAGGAAGUGCUGCUAACUAUGCAACCUGUCCAAGACAGAGCUUCUGUUCUGCGGUACAAAUAUUUAUGGCACUGACCUGUCUGUAGCCAUCACAGCUUGGAAUUUCCUUUCUUUUUAAAGGAAUAAAAAUAAAUGAACACAAUACCUUAAA